CUGAUCGGAAUGCUGAUAUACUUUUGGACUCUGUUGAUGAUUUGAUUUGAACAUUGACUUAUGAGGGGCGGCGUGAUACUUUCUGAGGACUAUUCUGGGUCACCAUAUCCUCGUACGACAAUGAGGGAAAAUCGAACGAUCCCAAUGGAGGUUCAAAUGUGUUGUAUAUAAAAGCAGUUCAUCUAUCACUAUAGUUAUACAGAUCUGUAUACCAGGAAAUCUCACACAAUGGCCAGAGUUAUCAUUUUAGUCGUCGUCCUGUGUUGUGCUACAGCUGAAGUUAUCAAUUUCAAAGACUGUGGAUCUGUUACCGGAACAAUAGACCAAGUUGAAAUCACUCCAUGUCCUGCAGAACCAUGUCAAGUAAAGAAGGGAGACAACGCGACAAUGAAAGUAGAAUUCACAGCAAAGGUGGACUCGACGAAAUAUACAUCUGUGCUUCACGGAAUCAUCGGAGGGGUACCCGUACCAUUUCCGCUUCAGAAUGGACUCGUAUCCGGUCCAAUAUCUACAAACACUAAAAUAACCUACUCAAAUUUUCUGAUGGUUUUGCCUUCUUAUCCAAAGAUUUCGCUCGUCGCCAAACUUGAAAUCCGAGACGACAAUGACAAAGACCUCGUGUGUUUUGCUUGGCCUAUCCAAAUUGUGGAUUGAUGGUCUUCGUGCAUUAUAGUGGUUUUGUGAUUAGUACAAAAAACCUGCCAUAAUUGUGUACUGUAAAUUUGACCAUCAAUGGAACUAUAUUGUGGACGCUGGACCGUGAGGGACUGAAUAUUCCGGUUUACGUUUAAAAGUGCAUUUCACAUUGUGUAUUCAGAAAUUCCUUUUAAUCUUUUAUGUUCACAUAUCUCUUGAUAAAUAAAAGUUGAUGGACCAAUUGAAGAAGGUUCAAAAGUUCAA